GUGAAUAGCAGUUUAUUAAAACUGCCACUACUGGCGACAUGAAAUUUUUUGUGCUGAAAAUAUUAUUUGCCGGCCUGUUAUACGUUUCCACGACGAAUGCAGAGCCCGAACCGAAUCGAACUCCCCACAAAGUGAAAGUCACACGCGAACUUAAAAGUCAGCAAAUUAAAAAAGGCCGCUAUGAAGACGAGCAUCGUAAUCGUCCGGACGAAGGCUGGCCAGCUCCAUCUAGCGGCCACAGCUUAAACGGUGGCAGCCAUUUUGGAUUGCCGAACCAACCUAAACCAACAUUCGCUUCAGAUUUAGUAUCAGUACCACCGAAAUACGGUCCUCCAUCCCCGUCAUUGCUUCCGCUUGGAUCAAAAUUCGGUCAUGACCAUGACAAACCAAGUUUCGGAGGUCAACCAUCUCCGAAAGUGAAUAUCUCGCUCAACCCCGUAAAAAAAGGUGUUGGUUUAGACAUUGACGUCGCUCAAGAAUCGUCGAAAUCCAGCCAUAAGUCUAAGACAUCUAGCCAUCACUCGGAAUCAGAAUCGGGAUCACAAACUGAAACAGAUUCAGAAAGUUCUAGAUUAAAAAAAGAAUUCGAAUUGAAGAGCUCUUUAUCCACUAGUGGAUUCGAUUUUGAGACGAUAAAAUCUAGAAGUAAUUCUACUUCUAAAUCUCAUUCGGAGAAAGAAUACGAAUCUUUCAGAUCGGCGAAUAUCGAAUCAGAGUCUGAGAGCGAAAAGGAAUUGAGCAGUUCGCAAUCGGACUCCGAGACAAAAACGGAGAAAUUUUCGACAAACUUCAAAACUUUACAUUCUGAACGCAUCGAAUCUGACACUAAGAAGUCAGAAAGAGAGGCUUCUAGCUCAAAUUCCUCACGUUCGUCUCAAACAUCACACAGCACCGACGAAUCUUCGUACCAAACCGAAGAAAGCGUAUCGAGUCAAAGAUCCACUUCAGAAAGCGAAAGUAGCCAAUCGGAGACUGAGACCAAGUCAUCAGAAACCCAAUUCGACCAAUCAGAUGACAAUGAGUCCGAGACGACUGACGCAGAAGAUUCUGAGAGCUUCCAUCAUGAUCAUGAUGAGAAUAUAAACUCUCAGGAUGAAGAACAUGAUGAACACAGGCAUGCCGCAGGAGUCAAAACUGGUGUCAAAGUUGUUUCUGACGUCAUCAGAAAUCUCUUUGGAUUCAAAGGCCAUAGCAGCAAUAAGCAGAGCAUCGAACUUCUAUACCAGCUAACUGGAUUACGAGAUGAACACGCGGCUCUGCAAUAUAUUGAAACAGCUACAGGACUUAAAAGCCGCAAGGAAGUCCACGAAUUCAUCAAGAGAAUCCGCGGUUCGAGGGAAUGGUCAUUCGUCAUACAGUUCCUCAAGCAAUUGGAGGGAAAUUCAAAUAUUCGAGUGAUCAUCCAACUGUUGAGAGAAUUGACAAAUGAAUUUAAUGUCUUCAAGGCUUUCGACGUCCUAAGACGUCUGACUGGCCAUGCCGACUUCGAUGCGAUUUACGAAAUUUUACAGAAGAUUUCUGGGGAAAAGAAUUCCCACGAAAUGUGCGACUCUUUCAGACACGUUGCUCACACAAAAGGAGUGGAAGGAGUGAGACUGACCAUUCUAAAACUGACUGGAGGAGUCGGCCCAGCGGAAUUCCCGCAAGUUUUCGAAAACUUGCUCCCUGAAGUCGAUUUGAAAGGAGCUUUUGAUCUUCUCAUGUCGGUCACAAGAACUGGUGACAUCGGUGAGGCUAUCGUCGCUAUCAACCAGAUUCUGAAGACCAAAAGCUUUUCAAAAAGCAUUGAGGUAUUGAAGAAGGUUACUGGACAAAACCAAAUGAAAUAUGCACUGGAAGAGUUGACUCAAGAAAUAAACAGAACAAGUAUGAGAGUGAUCGUACAGAAUCUGUACCGCAUCACGGGUCGAGUCAACUUGGAGCAGGUCCAGGAGGUGUUCAAGAGGGUCUUCGAUCUCGACAACAUUGUGGCCGUAAUAGCGCGCAUCAAUAAGGUGACGAAGCGUCGCGACGCCAUCUUCUUCCUGAACUCGCUGCUGGACAUCACGCAGACUAGGGUCAUACAGGACGCCAGCACUGUCAUCAACUCACUCACUGAAAGAAAGUACUCUUCAAUAUUGGAUAUUUUGGAUCAAAUUCGCAUCAAAUCUGGACACGAGGAUAUAAUUGAUUUCUUCAAGAAACUGUGCUCACAUACUGGUACUAAAUCUAUUCAAAAGGCUUGGGAAGUCAUAGUUAGAGUUACGAAGAUCACAGACAUCUUUGUCUUCUUCGAGAGGAUAUACAAGUACACCAAGGUCGAAAUCAUAGUGUUCAUCGAAACAAUCCUUCGCAUCACCAACUCGACCAACUUCACUGCAGCUGCGAACAAAUUUGUUCAAAUCACGCGUACAAAAUCUUUCUUCGAGGCCAUUGAAUUUAUCUACACAAUCGUCAGAAUUGAUAUCGUGAGAUUCUUAGAGAUAUUUAUUACGAUCAGUAAACGCUUCUAUUUCGAAGAGGUCAUUACGAUAAUUGAAGAGUACACUGAGAAAACAGAUUUCGUGGACGCGCUUUCUACAGUAAGAGAGGCAACGGGAGAAACAGACAUAAUAAAAGCCAUUGAGUAUAUCAAACAGAAUAAACCAAGUAAGUUGAACACUAUAACGACGACAACGACAUCAACAACUACAUCAGCUCCUACUACUACAACCACAACGACUACCGAAGCACCCACUACUACCACAACGACAACGGAAGUUAUAACAUCAGAAACCGCCGCUUCAUCACAAUCUGAAAGCAAUUCGGAAUCAGAAACAUCCGAGAGUGAAGAAGAAUCUUACUCGAAAUCUGAAUUAAGGAGCCAACAGUCCUCUGCCCAAUCAGAAAACGCAGCUAGCAGCUCUCAAUCUGCCGCACAGAGAUCAGAAAAUGAAUAUAGAAGCAAACAAUCUUCUGCUCUAUCAGAAAGCACCGCCAGCAGCCAACAGUCCUCUGCUCAAUUAGAAAGCGCCUCCAGCAGCCAACAGUCUUCUGCACAAUCAGAAAGCGCCUCCAACAGCCAACAGUCUUCUGCUCAAUCACAAAGCGUAGCUAGCAGUCAACAGUCUUCUGCUCAAUCAGAAAGCGCAGCCAGCAGCCAACAGUCUUCUGCUCAAUCAGAAAGAACAGCUAGCAGCCAACAGUCUUCCGCUCAAUCAGAAAGCGCAGCCAGCAGCCAACAGUCUUCUGCUCUAUCAGAAAGCGCCGCCAGCAGCCAACAGUCUUCCGCUCAAUCAGAAAGCGCAGCCAGCAGCCAACAGUCUUCUGCUCAAUCACAAAGCGUAGCUAGCAGUCAACAGUCUUCUGCUCAAUCAGAAAGCGCAGCCAGCAGCCAACAGUCUUCUGCUCUAUCAGAAAGCGCAGCUAGCAGCCAACAGUCUUCUGCUCAAUCAGAAAGCGCCGCCAGCAGCCAACAGUCUUCUGCUCAAUCAGAAAGCGCAGCUAGCAGCCAACAGUCUUCCGCUCAAUCAGAAAGCGCAGCCAGCAGCCAACAGUCUUCUGCUCAAUCACAAAGCGUAGCUAGCAGUCAACAGUCUUCUGCUCAAUCAGAAAGCGCAGCCAGCAGCCAACAGUCUUCUGCUCUAUCAGAAAGUGCCGCCAGCAGCCAACAGUCUUCUGCUCAAUCAGAAAGCGCAGCUAGCAGCCAACAGUCUUCUGCUCUAUCAGAAAGCGCAGCUAGCAGUCAACAGUCUUCUGCUCUAUCAGAAAGCGCAGCUAGCAGUCAACAGUCUUCUACUCAAUCAGAAAGCGCAGCCAGCAGCCAACAGUCUUCUGCUCUAUCAGAAAGCGCAGCUAGAAGCCAACAGUCUUCUGCUCAAUCAGAAAGCGCCGCCAGCAGCCGACAGUCUUCUGCUCAAUCAGAAAGCGCAGCUAACAGCCAACAGUCUUCCGCUCAAUCAGAAAGCGCAGCCAGCAGCCAACAGUCUUCUGCUCUAUCAGAAAGUGCCGCCAGCAGCCAACAGUCUUCUGCUCUAUCAGAAAGCGCAGCUAGCAGCCAACAGUCUUCUGCUCAAUCAGAAAGUGCCGCCAGCAGCCAACAGUCUUCUGCUCAAUCAGAAAGCGCAGCUAGCAGCCAACAGUCUUCCGCUCAAUCAGAAAGCGCAGCCAGCAGCCAACAGUCUUCUGCUCAAUCACAAAGCGUAGCUAGCAGUCAACAGUCUUCUGCACAGUCAGAAAGCGCCACCAGCAGCCAACAGUCUUCUGCUCAAUCAGAAAGCGCAGCCAGCAGCCAACAGUCUUCUGCUCUAUCAGAAAGCGCAGCUAGCAGCCAACAGUCUUCUGCUCAAUCAGAAAGCGCCGCCAGCAGCCAACAGUCUUCUACUCAAUCAGAAAGCGCAGCUAGCAGCCAACAGUCUUCCGCUCAAUCAGAAAGCGCAGCCAGCAGCCAACAGUCUUCUGCUCUAUCAGAAAGCGCAGCUAGCAGCCAACAGUCUUCUGCUCAAUCAGAAAGCGCCGCCAGCAGCCAACAGUCUUCUACUCAAUCAGAAAGCGCAGCUAGCAGCCAACAGUCUUCCGCUCAAUCAGAAAGCGCAGCCAGCAGUCAACAGUCUUCUGCUCAAUCAGAAAGCGCAGCCAGCAGCCAACAGUCUUCUGCUCUAUCAGAAAGCGCCGCCAGCAGCCAACAGUCCUCUGCUCAAUUAGAAAGCACCUCCAGCAGCCAACAGUCUUCCGCACAAUCAGAAAGCGCCGCCAGCAGCCAACAGUCUUCUGCUCAAUCAGAAAGCGCAGCCAGCAGCCAACAGACUUCUGCUCAAUCAGAAAGCGCAGCUAGCAGCCAACAGUCUUCCGCUCAAUCAGAAAGCGCAGCCAGCAGUCAACAGUCUUCUGCUCAAUCAGAAAGCGCAGCCAGCAGCCAACAGUCUUCUGCUCUAUCAGAAAGCGCCGCCAGCAGCCAACAGUCCUCUGCUCAAUUAGAAAGCGCCUCCAGCAGCCAACAGUCUUCUGCACAAUCAGAAAGCGCCGCCAGCAGCCAACAGUCUUCUGCUCAAUCAGAAAGCGCAGCUAGCAGCCAACAGUCUUCCGCUCAAUCAGAAAGCGCAGCCAGCAGUCAACAGUCUUCUGCUCAAUCAGAAAGCGCAGCCAGCAGCCAACAGUCUUCUGCUCUAUCAGAAAGCGCCGCCAGCAGCCAACAGUCCUCUGCUCAAUUAGAAAGCGCCUCCAGCAGCCAACAGUCUUCCGCACAAUCAGAAAGCGCCGCCAGCAGCCAACAGUCUUCUGCUCAAUCAGAAAGCGCAGCCAGCAGCCAACAGACUUCUGCUCAAUCAGAAAGCGCAGCUAGCAGCCAACAGUCUUCCGCUCAAUCAGAAAGCGCAGCCAGCAGUCAACAGUCUUCUGCUCAAUCAGAAAGCGCAGCCAGCAGCCAACAGUCUUCUGCUCUAUCAGAAAGCGCCGCCAGCAGCCAACAGUCCUCUGCUCAAUUAGAAAGCGCCUCCAGCAGCCAACAGUCUUCUGCACAAUCAGAAAGCGCCGCCAGCAGCCAACAGUCUUCUGCUCUAUCAGAAAGCGCCACCAGCAGCCAACAGUCUUCUGCUCAAUCAGAAAGCGCAGCUAGCAGCCAACAGUCUUCCGCUCAAUCAGAAAGCGCAGCCAGCAGCCAACAGUCUUCUGCUCAAUCACAAAGCGUAGCUAGCAGUCAACAGUCUUCUGCUCAAUCAGAAAGCGCAGCCAGCAGCCAACAGUCUUCUGCUCUAUCAGAAAGCGCCGCCAGCAGCCAACAGACCUCUGCUCAAUUAGAAAGCGCCUCCAGCAGCCAACAGUCUUCUGUACAAUCAGAAAGUGCCGCCAGCAGCCAACAGUCUUCUGCUCAAUCAAAAAGCGCAGCUAGCAGCCAACAGUCUUCUGCUCUAUCAGAAAGCGUUGCCAGCAGCCAACAGUCCUCUGCUCAAUUAGAAAGCGCCUCCAGCAGCCAACAGUCUUCUGCACAGUCAGAAAGCGCCACCAGCAGCCAACAGUCUUCUGCUCAAUCAGAAAGCGCAGCUAGCAGCGAACAGUCUUCCGCUCAAUCAGAAAGCGCAGCCAGCAGCCAACAGUCUUCUGCUCAAUCACAAAGCGUAGCUAGCAGUCAACAGUCUUCUGCACAGUCAGAAAGCGCCACCAGCAGCCAACAGUCUUCUGCUCAAUCAGAAAGCGCAGCCAGCAGCCAACAGUCUUCUGCUCUAUCAGAAAGCGCAGCUAGCAGCCAACAGUCUUCUGCUCAAUCAGAAAGCGCCGCCAGCAGCCAACAGUCUUCUACUCAAUCAGAAAGCGCAGCUAGCAGCCAACAGUCUUCUGCUCAAUCAGAAAGCGCAGCCAGCAGCCAACAGUCUUCUGCUCUAUCAGAAAGCGCCGCCAGCAGCCAACAGUCCUCUGCUCAAUUAGAAAGCGCCUCCAGCAGCCAACAGUCUUCUGCUCAAUCAGAAAGCGCAGCUAGCAGCCAACAGUCUUCCGCUCAAUUAGAAAGCGCCUCCAGCAGCCAACAGUCUUCUGCACAGUCAGAAAGCGCCACCAGCAGCCAACAGUCUUCUGCUCAAUCAGAAAGCGCAGCUAGCAGCCAACAGUCUUCUGCUCAAUCAGAAAGCGCCGCCAGCAGCCAACAGUCCUCUGCUCAAUUAGAAAGCGCCACCAGCAGCCAACAGUCUUCUGCUCAAUCAGAAAGCGCAGCUAGCAGCCAACAGUCUUCCGCUCAAUCAGAAAGCGCAGCCAGCAGUCAACAGUCUUCUGCUCUAUCAGAAAGCGCAGCCAGCAGCCAACAGUCUUCUGCUCAAUCAGAAAGCGCCGCCAGCAGCCAACAGUCCUCUGCUCAAUUAGAAAGCGCCUCCAGUAGCCAACAGUCUUCUGCACAAUCAGAAAGUGCCGCCAGCAGCCAACAGUCUUCUGCUCAAUCAGAAAGCGCAGCUAGCAGCCAACAGUCUUCUGCUCUAUCAGAAAGCGUUGCCAGCAGCCAACAGUCCUCUGCUCAAUUAGAAAGCGCCUCCAGCAGCCAACAGUCUUCUGCACAAUCAGAAAGCGCAGCUAGCAGCCAACAGUCUUCCGCUCAAUCAGAAAGCGCAGCCAGCAGCCAACAGUCUUCUGCUCUAUCAGAAAGCGCAGCUAGCAGCCAACAGUCUUCUGCUCAAUCAGAAAGCGCCGCCAGCAGCCAACAGUCUUCUGCUCAAUCAGAAAACGCAGCUAGCAGCCAACAGUCUUCCGCUCAAUCAGAAAGCGCAGCCAGCAGCCAACAGUCUUCUGCUCAAUCACAAAGCGCAGCCAGCGGCCAACAGUCUUCUGCUCUAUCAGAAAGCGCCGCCAGCAGCCAACAGUCCUCUGCUCAAUUAGAAAGCGCCUCCAGCAGCCAACAGUCUUCUGCACAAUCAGAAAGCGCCUCCAGCAGCCAACAGUCUUCUGCUCAAUCAGAAAGCGUAGCUAGCAGUCAACAGUCUUCUGCUCAAUCAGAAAGCGCCGCCAGCAGCCAACAGUCUUCCGCUCAAUCAGAAAACGCUGCUAGCAGCCAACAGUCUUCCGCUCAAUCACAAAGCGUAGCUAGCAGUCAACAGUCUUCUGCUCAAUCAGAAAGGGCAGCUAGCAGCCAACAGUCUUCUGCUCAAUCAGAAAGCGCAGCCAGCAGCCAACAGUCUUCUGCUCUAUCAGAAAGCGUAGCUAGCAGCCAACAGUCCUCUGCUCAAUUAGAAAGCGCCUCCAAUAGCCAACAGUCUUCUGCACAAUCAGAAAGCACCUCCAGCAGCCAACAGUCUUUUGCUCAAUCAGAAAGCGCCGCCAGCAGCCAACAGUCCUCUGCUCAAUUAGAAAGCGCCUCCAGCAGCCAACAGUCUUCUGCACAAUCAGAAAGCGCCUCCAGCAGCCAACAGUCUUCUGCUCAAUCAGAAAGCGUAGCUAGCAGUCAACAGUCUUCUGCUCAAUCAGAAAGCGCCGCCAGCAGCCAACAGUCUUCUGCUCAAUCAGAAAACGCUGCUAGCAGCCAACAGUCUUCCGCCCAAUCAGAAAGCGCAGCCAGCAGCCAACAGUCUUCUGCUCAAUCACAAAGCGCAGCCAGCGGCCAACAGUCUUCUGCUCUAUCAGAAAGCGCCGCCAGCAGCCAACAGUCCUCUGCUCAAUUAGAAAGCGCCUCCAGCAGCCAACAGUCUUCUGCACAAUCAGAAAGCGCCUCCAGCAGCCAACAGUCUUCUGCUCAAUCAGAAAGCGUAGCUAGCAGUCAACAGUCUUCUGCUCAAUCAGAAAGCGCAGCCAGCAGCCAACAGUCUUCUGCUCUAUCAGAAAGCGCCGCCAGCAGCCAACAGUCCUCUGCUCAAUUAGAAAGCGCCUCCAGCAGCCAACAGUCUUCUGCACAGUCAGAAAGCGCCACCAGCAGCCAACAGUCUUCUGCUCAAUCAGAAAGCGCAGCUAGCAGCCAACAGUCUUCCGCUCAAUCAGAAAGCGCAGCCAGCAGCCAACAGUCUUCUGCACAAUCAGAAAGUGCCGCCAGCAGCCAACAGUCUUCUGCUCAAUCAGAAAACGCAGCUAGCAGCCAACAGUCUUCCGCUCAAUCAGAAAGCGUAGCUAGCAGUCAACAGUCUUCUGCUCAAUCAGAAAGCGCAGCCAGCAGCCAACAGUCUUCUGCUCUAUCAGAAAGCGCCGCCAGCAGCCAACAGUCCUCUGCUCAAUUAGAAAGCGCCUCCAGCAGCCAACAGUCUUCUGCACAGUCAGAAAGCGCCACCAGCAGCCAACAGUCUUCUGCUCAAUCAGAAAGCGCAGCUAGCAGCCAACAGUCUUCUGCUCAAUCAGAAAGCGUAGCUAGCAGCCAACAGUCCUCUGCUCAAUUAGAAAGCGCCUCCAGCAGCCAACAGUCUUCUGCACAAUCAGAAAGCGCCUCCAGCAGCCAACAGUCUUCUGCACAAUCAGAAAGCGCAACCAGCAGCCAACAGUCUUCUGCUCUAUCAGAAAGCGCCGCCAGAAGCCAACAGUCCUUUGCUCAACUAGAAAGCGCCUCCAGCAGCCAACAGUCUUCUGCACAAUCAGAAAGCGCCGCCAGCAGCCAACAGUCCUCUGCCCAAUCAGAAAGCGCAGCCAGCAGCCAACAGUCCUCUGCCCAAUCAGAAAGCGCAGCCAGCAGCCAACAGUCCUCUGCCCAAUCAGAAAGCGCAGCCAGCAGCCAACAGUCCUCUGCCCAAUCAGAAAGCGCAGCCAGCAGCCAACAGUCCUCUGCCCAAUCAAAAAGCGCAACAAGCAGACAACAGUCUUCUGCUCAAUCAGAAAGCGUAGCUAGCACCCAGCAGUCUUCUGCCCAAUCAGAAAGCGCAACCAGCAGACAACAUUCUUCUGCUCAAUCAGAAAGUGUAGCCAGCAGCCAGCAGUCCUCCGCCCAAUUAGAAAGCGCAACCAACAGCCAACAGUAUCCUGCUCAAUCACAAAGUGCAGCCAGAAGUCAACAGUCUUCUGCUCAAUCAGAAAGCUCCUCCAGCAGCCAACAAUCUUCUGCACAAUCAGAAAGCGCCUCCAGCAGCCAACAGUCUUCUGCUCUAUCAGAAAGCGCAGCUAGCAGCCAACAGUCCUCUGCCCAAUCAGAAAGCGCAGCCAGCAGCCAACAAUCUUCUGCUCGAUCAGAAAGCUCAGCUAGCAGCCAACAGUCUUCUGCUCAAUCAGAAAGCGCAGCCAGCAGCCAACAGUCUUCUGCUCUAUCAGAAAGCGCAGCUAGCAGCCAACAGUCUUCUGCUCAAUCAGAAAGCGCAGCCAGCAGCCAACAGUCUUCUGCCCAAUCAGUAAGCGCAGCCAGCAGUCAACAGUCUUCUGCUCAAUCAGAAAACGCAGCUAGCAGCCAGCAGUCUUCUGCACAAUCAGAAAGCGCCUCCAGCAGCCAACAGUCUUCUGCUCUAUCAGAAAGCGCAGCUAGCAGCCAACAGUCUUCUGCUCAAUCAGAAAGCGCAGCCAGCAGCCAACAGUCUUCUGCCCAAUCAGUAAGCGCAGCCAGCAGUCAACAGUCUUCUGCUCAAUCAGAAAGCGCAGCUAGCAGCCAGCAGUCUUCUGCCCAAUCAGAAAGCGCGGCUAGCAGCUCUGAAUCUUACGCACAGAGAUCAGAAAAUGAAUCUAGGAGCCAACAGUCCUCUGCCCAAUCAGAAAGCGCAACCAGCAGCCAACAGUCUUCUGCCCAAUCAGAAAGCGCAACCAGCAGCCAACAGUCUUCUGCUCAAUCAGAAAGCGCAGCUAGCAGCCAACAGUCUUCUGCUCAAUCAGAAAACGCGGCUAGCAGUCAACAGUCUUCAGCCCAAUCAGAAAGCGCGGCUAGCAGUCAACAGUCUUCUGCUCAAUCAGAAAGCGCAGCUAGCAGCCAGCAGUCUUUUGCCCAAUCAGAAAGCGCGGCUAGCAGCUCUGAAUCUUCCGCACAGAGAUCAGAAAAUGAAUCUAGGAGCCAACAGUCCUCUGCCCAAUCAGAAAGUGCAGCCAGCAGCCAACAGUCUUCUGCUCAAUCAGAAAGCGCAGCUAUCAGCCAACAGUCUUCUGCUCAAUCAGAAAGCGCAGCUAGCAGCCAGCAGUCUUCUGCACAAUCAGAAAGCACCUCCAGCAGCCAACAGUCUUCUGCUCAAUCAGAAAGCGCAGCUAUCAGCCAACAGUCUUCUGCUCAAUCAGAAAGCGCAGCUAGCAGCCAGCAGUCUUCAGCCCAAUCAGAAAGUGUAACCAGCAGCCAACAGUCCUCUGCACAAUCAGAAAGCACCUCCAGCAGCCAACAGUCUUCUGCUCAAUCAGAAAGCGCAGCUAUCAGCCAACAGUCUUCUGCUCAAUCAGAAAGCGCAGCUAGCAGCCAGCAGUCUUCUGCACAAUCAGAAAGCACCUCCAGCAGCCAACAGUCUUCUGCUCAAUCAGAAAGCGCAGCUAGCAGCCAGCAGUCUUCUGCACAAUCAGAAGGCGCCUCCAGCAGUCAACAGUCUUCUGCUCAAUCAGAAAGCGCAGCUAGCAGCCAACAGUCUUCUACUCAAUCACAAAGCGUAGCUAGCAGUCAACAGUCUUCUGCUCAAUCAGAAAGGGCAGCUAGCAGCCAACAGUCUUCUGCUCAAUCAGAAAGCGCAGCCAGCAGCCAACAGUCUUCUGCUCUAUCAGAAAGCGUAGCUAGCAGCCAACAGUCCUCUGCUCAAUUAGAAAGCGCCUCCAAUAGCCAACAGUCUUCUGCACAAUCAGAAAGCACCUCCAGCAGCCAACAGUCUUUUGCUCAAUCAGAAAGCGCAGCUAUCAGCCAACAGUCUUCUGCUCAAUCAGAAAGCGCAGCUAGCAGCCAGCAGUCUUCUGCACAAUCAGAAAGCGCCUACAGCAGCCAACAGUCUUCUGCUCAAUCAGAAAGCGCAGCUAGCAGCCAACAGUCUUCUGCUCAAUCAGAAAGCGCAGCCAGCAGCCAACAGUCUUCUGCCCAAUCAGUAAGCGCAGCCAGCAGUCAACAGUCUUCUGCUCAAUCAGAAAGCGCAGCUAGCAGCCAGCAGUCUUCUGCCCAAUCAGAAAGCGCGGCUAGCAGCUCUGAAUCUUCCGCACAGAAAUCAGAAAAUGAAUCUAGGAGCCAACAGUCCUCUGCCCAAUCAGAAAGCGCAACCAGCAGCCAACAGUCUUCUGCCCAAUCAGAAAGCGCAUCUAGCAGCCAACAGUCUUCUGCUCAAUCAGAAAGCGCAGCUAGCAGCCAACAAUCUUCUGCUCAAUCAGAAAGCGCGGCUAGCAGUCAACAGUCUUCUGCUCAAUCAGAAAGCGCAGCUAGCAGCCAGCAGUCUUCUGCUCAAUCAGAAAGCGCAGCUAGCAGCCAGCAGUCUUCUGCUCAAUCAGAAAGCGCAGCUAGCAGCCAACAAUAUUUUGCUCAAUCAGAAAGCGCGGCUAGCAGCUCUGAAUCUUCCGCACAGAGAUCAGAAAAUGAAUCUAGGAGCCAACAGUCCUCUGCCCAAUCAGAAAGCGCAACCAGCAGCCAACAAUCUUCUGCUCAAUCACAAAGCGUAACUAGCAGUCAACAGUCUUCUGCUCAAUUAGAAAGCGCAGCCAGCAGCCAAGAGUCUUCUGCUCUAUCAGAAAGCGCCGCCAGCAGCCAACAGUCUUCUGCUCAAUCAGAAAGCACAGUUAACAGCCAACAGUCUUCAGCCCAAUCAGAAAGUGUAGCCAGCAGCCAACAGUCCUCUGCUCAAUUAGAAAGCGCCUCCAGCAGCCAACAGUCUUCUGCACAAUCAGAAAGCGCGGCUAGCAGCUCUGAAUCUUCCGCACAGAGAUCAGAAAAUGAAUCUAGGAGCCAACAGUCUUCUGCUCAAUUAGAAAGCGCCUCCAAUAGCCAACAGUCUUCUGCACAAUCAGAAAGCGCAACCAGCAGCCAACAGUCUUCUGCCCAAUCAGAAAGCGCAUCUAGCAGCCAACAGUCUUCUGCUCAAUCAGAAAGCGCAGCUAGCAGCCAACAGUCUUCUGCUCAAUCAGAAAGCGCGGCUAGCAGUCAACAGUCUUCUGCUCAAUCAGAAAGCGCAGCUAGCAGCCAGCAGUCUUCUGCUCAAUCAGAAAGCGCAGCUAGCAGCCAGCAGUCUUCUGCUCAAUCAGAAAGCGCAGCUAGCAGCCAACAAUCUUUUGCUCAAUCAGAAAGCGCGGCUAGCAGCUCUGAAUCUUCCGCACAGAGAUCAGAAAAUGAAUCUAGGAGCCAACAGUCCUCUGCCCAAUCAGAAAGCGCAACCAGCAGCCAACAAUCUUCUGCUCAAUCACAAAGCGUAACUAGCAGUCAACAGUCUUCUGCUCAAUUAGAAAGCGCAGCCAGCAGCCAAGAGUCUUCUGCUCUAUCAGAAAGCGCCGCCAGCAGCCAACAGUCUUCUGCUCAAUCAGAAAGCACAGUUAACAGCCAACAGUCUUCAGCCCAAUCAGAAAGUGUAGCCAGCAGCCAACAGUCCUCUGCUCAAUUAGAAAGCGCCUCCAGCAGCCAACAGUCUUCUGCACAAUCAGAAAGCGCGGCUAGCAGCUCUGAAUCUUCCGCACAGAGAUCAGAAAAUGAAUCUAGGAGCCAACAGUCUUCUGCCCAAUCAGUAAGCGCAGCCAGCAGUCAACAGUCUUCUGCUCAAUCAGAAAACGCAGCUAGCAGCCAGCAGUCUUCUGCACAAUCAGAAAGCGCCUCCAGCAGCCAACAGUCUUCUGCUCAAUCAGAAAGCGCAGCUAGCAGCCAACAGUCUUCUGCUCAAUCAGAAAGCGCAGCUAGCAGCCAACAGUCUUCUGCUCAAUCAGAAAGCGCAGCCAGCAGCCAACAGUCUUCUGCCCAAUCAGUAAGCGCAGCCAGCAGUCAACAGUCUUCUGCUCAAUCAGAAAGCGCAGCUAGCAGCCAGCAGUCUUCUGCCCAAUCAGAAAGCGCGGCUAGCAGCUCUGAAUCUUCCGCACAGAGAUCAGAAAAUGAAUCUAGGAGCCAACAGUCCUCUGCCCAAUCAGAAAGCGCAACCAGCAGCCAACAGUCUUCUGCCCAAUCAGAAAGCGCAUCUAGCAGCCAACAGUCUUCUGCUCAAUCAGAAAGCGCAGCUAGCAGCCAACAGUCUUCUGCCCAAUCAGAAAGCGCAACCAGCAGCCAACAGUUCUCUGCCCAAUCAGAAAGCGCAACCAGCAGCCAACAGUCUUCUGCUCAAUCAGAAAGUGCAGCCAGCAGCCAACAGUCUUCUGCUCAAUCAGAAAGUGCAGCCAGCAGCCAACAGUCUUCUGCUCAAUCAGAAAGCGCAGCUAGCAGCCAACAGUCUUCUGCUCAAUCAGAAAGCGCAGCUAGCAGCCAACAGUCUUCUGCUCAAUCAGAAAGCGCAGCUAGCAGUCAACAGUCUUCUGCUCAAUCAGAAAGCGCAGCCAGCAGCCAACAGUCUUCUGUCCAAUCAGUAAGCGCAGCCAGCAGCCAACAGUCUUCUGCUCAAUCAGAAAGCGCAGCUAGCAGCCAAAAGUUUUCUGCUCUAUCAGUAAGCGCAGCCAGCAGCCAACAGUCUUCUACUCAAUCAGAAAGCGCAGCUAGCAGCCAACAGUCUUCUGCUCAGCCAGAAAGCACAGCCAGCAGCCAGCAGUCUUCUGCCCAAUCAGAAAGUGCAGCCAGCAGCCAACAGUCUACUGCUCAAUCAGAAAGCGCAGCUAGCAGCCAACAGUCUUCUGCUCAAUCAGAAAGCGCAGUCAGCCGUCAACGGUCUUCUGCUCAAUCAGAAAGCGCAGCCAGCAGCCAACAGUCCUCUGCCCAAUCAGAAAGCGUAGCUAGGAGGUCUCAAUCUUCCGCUCAGAGAUCAGAAAAUAAAACUAGAAACCAACAGUCCUCGGCAUCAUCAGAAAGCACUUCAAAUAGCUCAGAAUCUUCCGCACAGACAUCAGAGAAUGAACUGUCCUCUGAAUCGCAAUCUAAAUCCUCUAGUGAAUCUAGGAGCACACCAAUACCGAGCAGGCCACGACCACUUAAACCAGUGGUUAUAGUAAUUGAAGAAAACGCAGAAGAAAGUAAAGCAGCAUCACGCAGCGAAGCCGAAAAUCAAUCUACGUCUAAUACAAAAGUAUCAACGAAACAAGGAAAACAAAUAGAAGAGAGUGAGGAAGCGUUAUCAGCAUCAAGGAGAGAAGAAUCAUCUCAAGAAUCUCAAUCACAAAGAGAGGCCGAGUUGCAAAACGAGACAAAAUCGAGAAGCCAAUCGGAGUCUGAAUCUCGAAGCAAUUCAGAAUCUCAAACACAAUCACGAAGAGAAUCGGAAUCUAGAAGUGAAUCAGAAUCUCGUGCAGAAUCUGAAUCGAGAAGAGAUUCUGAAUUGGAGUCCGAAAAGGAAGUAGGCGUUGCUGUGCCGCCGACCAAACCUGGAGUGGGAGGCAAGCUGGCUAUUCAACAAGGAAAACGCGAAAUCAUGCACGCCUUGGAAACUAACACGAACUUGAAAAUCCUGAUCUUGCCAAACGGACCCAAGCAAAAGAACUGCUUCUGCACCUGUCAAAGUGACAGCGCGCCAAAACUUGUACCAAUGAAAGACUUGCCGGCCGAAAUCACCGCCAUCGAGUCAAAAUCGUAAAUAAAAAAAUGAAAAUGUAAUCCAAGAACGAUGGCGACGACGAGGAUUUUGUUGUAAAAAUAUAUAAAAUAGACUCAUUUACAUACUUAUUUCCUAAAGUAAAUAAUAAUAAUUUUAUAUUUGUACCUUUUCUAUUUGUAUAUUAAAGAGAUUUAUUGUUAAUAAGUAAUAAAUAUAUUUAAGUUAAUAAA